GUUGCAUCGUUUUGGAUGCGCUGAAAAGCGGGUAAAAAGCGCAAAAGUGGAGCUAUAGGGCUGCACAUUCCACCCCCUCCAGGUGGAACCAUCAUCCAGGCGCCCGUUCCGGGAGGGAACUCCUUGUUGCAAGUAUCCACCGCAGAUGGUGCCAAGCCGCAGCGCCUGUGCUUGAGCAACCAACAGCAACUCAGGAGUUGCUUGCUGCAUAGAGCUGCUCACUCGUGGCUUUAGCCUUUCAUUAGUUUCUUGGAAAGAUGGCGGCAGCAGUAGCAGCCAGCAAGGGACUGGUUCUGGCCUCUCUUCCAUGGGCUGCUACCACUAAGGGGUCCUGUCUGAAGGGACUCCGUUGUCUGCCGCCACUGCCGGCACGCGGUCGUCGAUCUCCCUGCUUGAAACGCUCAGCAGUGAAGCAGUGCCGCGCCGCCCUCCAGGAGGGCACAGAGCAGGGCCUGGAGCGUAGCUCCAGGACUUCAGAAGUCGUUGAACGGGUUGUGUCGGAAGCUGAGGCAGCGUCAAGUGGCUUCGCUGGGUUGCCCGCUGGGUUGACGAUCUCAUCAGCGGUGUGUUUGCUAGAGCUAUUUGCCACUGGUGUGGCGGAAGCGAAGCAUGCGCCCCAAGUGGACGCCGGAGCCUUCUUCACCAACUUGACCGUCGAUGGGCUCAUUGAGUGGACGCUCACGGUUGGAGCCUUGACGGUCUUCUACUUCCUGGUGGCUCCGCCUGUUCUGCUCACGUACUUCCUGAAGCGGUGGAAGAAGAAGCAACUCGCGGAGACCAUGUUCAUGUUUGCAAUGGUCUUCAUCUUCUUCCCGGGCCUCAUGAUCUGGGCACCCUUCAUCAACACAAGGCCUUUCGCUAGGGCUACCGGAAGGUACACAGCGGAGACAGACAAGGCAGCAUUCAGAGGAGACGAGUGGAGGUAGUAUAUGAUGUCACUCGGUCACUUAGUACUUAAUUGCGCGUAAGGAAGGGGUGAUCCAAGAACUGUUCCAUAUUGGAAGCUGCACCAUCUGGAUUUGAAGGUCAGUUGUGGUUGCCCUGCAGACGCUUCUUAUCGACCAUUGACGGUAAACUGCGUCUUCAUUCACCAGACUAAUCAAUACAAGGUGGUCGAACGGGCCUGUAUAGCCAGCCAGCACCAUAUGACCAACCAAGCUACCUAGCGCGGCC